AAACGCAUGCAAAAGAAUACUAUAUAUAUAGAUAGCAGCAAGCCAAAUAUGACUUACAGCUCUCUCUUUCUUUCUUUCAUAUAUGUAAAGUAAUUUCCGGCAAAAUUUCUCACCAUCAAAACCAUGUUGAGAGCAUUCAGCACAAGGAGAAGCCGUCGCGGCGGCUACGAAAGGUUAGUCGCUGACGAGUCUGCCAUUGCUGCUUCCGAUGAGCUGGGAACCUUGAAGAGGUCUAAAACCUUGCCUGCAUCUCCAGCACUUCGCUCCUCGACAGCCAAAUUUUCAUCAGAAUCUGGCUUUCCAAAUGAUUCUCAAUCUCAUCAGCAUCCAGUGAAGUCAUCAGCAAGAAAUAAGGCUAACAAGAGUCAUCCACUCCUUAGUCUGUUUGAUGCUCGCCGGAAGAGGAAAACUACGGCUAAGCCGGAAUUUACAAGGUAUUUAGAAUAUCUUAGGGAGGGAGGCGUCUGGGAUGUCAAUUCAAAUAUGCCUGUCAUUUAUUACAAAUGACAGCUCUCUCUCUCUAUAUGCAUGUAUUAGGAUUUAAUUAAGUUUUUUAGCCGAAUAAUUAGGGUUUAUACAUACGAAUUUCAGCUCAAAAGUUUACAGUCGGAGACUAGAUUUCAAAAUUGGUCUCAAUUUGUGAUGAAUAUAUAUAUAUAUGUAUUCAUGAUUGCUGGAUAUAUUGAACUUUGAAAACUUCUAAUCUUA